GGCAAACCGAAGCAUUCCGCCUUAGACUAAGAAGCUGGGAACAUGUACUGGGAUAUUCUUGUUCGAUUAAAUGCCUCUCCCCAGUGAUCUUCCCCAGAAGUUAUUAGAGAUUUCUCAAUUCCUUUGUUUCGAUAUCUUAUUACUUCCUUGUUUGUAACUUCAACUGCAAAUGACAGCAACGCUCAUAUCUGCUUACAUAGCAACGUUCAUAAAUGAACAAAGCCAAACGAAUAAUCCCGUAAUCGACGCCCAAAACGCCCGUUCAGAAUGGAUUAUGCUAAGAUGGCCAUUUUCAUUUUGCUAGCUUUCUCCUGCCUAAGUUAUACCGACGGCGGAUGUCUUCCACAGGAUUGUGAGGUGAGUUCUUGGUCCUAUUGGAGCUCGUGCUAUGGUGAGCGAUGCGGUGGACGAGGAAUCCAAAGACGAACAAGAUGGCAAGACACCGUCCCAAGCUGUGGAGGAUCAGAAUGUCCGACUUUGGAGGAAACACGGUCGUGUGGCAGUGAACUCACAAGCUGCCUCAACGGAGGGCGUUUGAAUGACGAUGGAACAUGCUCCUGUGCCGACGGCUAUUCUGGACAAUGCUGUGAAGUGAAACUUGACGGUAUAGUCAGAAAACGUUUUCUUUGCUUGCACAGAAAUUUUAAAUCUAUUAAUCUCUUUUUCAAAUUCGUGUUCACUCUUUCUUAUUAAUUUCGAACUGAAACGAUAAAUACGUUCAUAGACUCUCGUAGUUCCCUCGAAAACUCAUACUCGAUUCCAGACCAAAAUAGGCGAAGUCUAUAUCAGUCCGAAAUGGCGCAGAAACCCUACCCUUUGGGGCAGCACAUACCUAUAUGUAUACGAUUUAUAGAAGAAAGUACCCCCCGUUGGAAUAUAUAACUUUCGAGGAUUCACUGAUCUCAUUUUAAUCCAUUUUGUGCCAGUUCCUACGGCUACGGAGAGCACUAUUCGCUAGGCGUUUCUUGCACAAGCAUCCUUUGCCACAAUGCUGUCUCAAAAUUGUGAAUAAUAUUUGAAUCGAGAUUCGAAGUCUCUAUUUCAGACUUAAAGAAGCAAAACGUUUUGGUGGGGGUUUUAAUCAAGACCGAUGUUCUUAUUAGUCGCGAAGCGUCGUGUACAAAGUCCUGUGCUCGUAUAAAGGUGGCUUAGGCGCCCGCAGAGACUUACGCUUUGUCACGCGUUCUUGCCCACUGAAUCCUUUUCCUUUUUUUGCAAUCACGUGCAAAUUAUUAUCGCAGAACCAAUUGACGCCAAGACAUUGUUUAAUAAAAGGCAAUCAUAAGUAGAAAAUUAAUUAAGUGUUGACAGGCCAAACACGACACAGAAGCCCGAGAUAGUGAUACCUGGACUUCGAGUUUUGCUCGAAUAAGAAUAUCGUUCAGAGAUUUUCAUUUAUAUAUGGGAUGAAGCGGAGGGUCUUCGCAUAUGCCUCUUAGAGGUUGGAUUUUUAGAUGCCAUUUGCUCAUAAAGGUGUUGUUAGGCAAUGGCAGGGUUACCCUAUGGAAAGCCAUAACUUUCUUAUGUGGUUAUUUAUCAUUAUGUGGUGUAGUUUCUUCAUUAUGUCUCGUGGUUACUUCAUUAUGCCUUGUGGUUACUUCAUUAUGUCUCGUUGUUACUUCAUUCUGUCUUGUGGUUUCUUCAUUAUGUCUUGUGGUUACUUCAUUAUGUCUUGUGGUUUUCUUCUUGUGGUUUCUAUGUAAAUAUCUUAUAUAGCGUGAAAUAAAGAAUUGAAUUAAAUUCUUCAUUAUGUCUUGUGGUUUCUUCGUUAUGUCUUGUGUUUACUUCAUUAUGUGGUUUGUUCAUUAUGUGAUGAUUUAUUCAUUACGUAUGUGAUGUGGUUUCGUCUUUAUGUUUUGUUGACUUUACUUCCAGUAUGAAGCUCUACUACCUAGGCUUUACUCGUUACCAAGAACUAGUUAAGCCGGUAUUAAGAAGGGCCCCAGUUCCUGCUCUUCCGCGUUGUCAAAGAUUACAAAAUGGCGGGAGCAGCUAACCAUUCAUCUUGUACGGGUCCCGGCAGUGGGAAAUUUGUCAGUAAACCUCUGGGGUAUAACGUCGUUCUUUUUCCAAUAUUUCACUUAAAAAUAUGCCUAAUUGGAUAGCUUUAUAUAUAUCUAUAGAGAAUAUUUUUGAUAAUUUUGCUUUAAAAAGAUAUGUUUGGUUUUCACUCCACACUUCCCUAUCCCACAGUAUUUCUUGCAUCCGUUCUAGAAAAUUGUCUGCCGCCAUCGUGACGUGAUCAGUUGGCACAUGGAGGAAAAACAAUUAAUGUAUCGUUUGAAGCGUUAAGUUUAAAGGAAAGACACUUUCUUUGUGCGUGAGUGGUUGAGGCAGAAAGGCCUAGAAAAACUUUGUGAGAUAUUUGAGAGCUAAUAUAAACUACGUGUAUUGUACGAUCAAUGCGGCAAGUAAUACGCUGACGAAACAGUUCUGUUAUGUUGAGAAAGUGUUUAAUAGCUCAUCGGUUGUUUUUUUAUCAUUCACUAUAUUAAACGUCUUCGAAAAUAAGAAGUAUUAUUAAAAUUCUAGUUUACAGUUCUAUAAUUGAUAUUAAUCAGAUGGAUGUGAUCUUUUUUCGUAAUAAUUGUAACUUGGGACUAAGGGCAAUUUGCGUGGGGCGCUUCACACGUUUUGAUAAGGUUAUUAGAAAUCCAUAAAUGUGGUUUUUGCAGCUUAUUUACUGGAAAAUACAAUUUUGGUGUUGUCCCGGAGUGGGGCAUUUGCACCCUAUUUUUAAGCCACACCGUGGGGUUUUUGUAUGAACGCCCGGCCCCACAAUGGGGCAUUUGCAGCUCAGUUUCCAAAAACAAAUGACAAAAUGGCUAGCUCGAACGCUAAGCUCCUCUGAAGACCGUACACUUUUAUCCAAGCCAUUAAUUUUCUUUUUUCCUUCUUCUUCUUCUCCUUUAUUAGUGUAUUCCUACCUUACUAUAUAUACCUGGAGUUAUGAAAACCGGGUUAGCAAACAUUUUGUAAUUUUUCUCAACUUCCCCUGUCUAAUAGCUUCUUUACUGUGUUGUUUGCUCAUGUCGUGUUUUUUUGCUUGUUUUGUGGUUAGGGAUUUGUGUAGAAGUGGAUGUAGACAGAAUUACUAUCUUACCCUCCCCCACCUCCCUAUUUUUUCCUUACCCACAAUUCUUUGUUUAACACAAGUGACAGUUAUUUAGCAGUUUAGUUUUAGAUAUUGGUCACCUUGAGAAAAGUUUCCCGGAGAGCAUCAUGUAAAGCUCUGAGAUGGGACAAAGUUAUUACGAUUCGCAGAGUCUGCAUCGUCCAAUAUCGUAUUAUAUUCUCGUUUCAUUUGGCUAAACGGAUCAAUCACCCUGAUUCGGGCUGAGACAGAAAGGUACGAUAUUGUUCGCUUUUGUAAGGUGACCACUAAGUCUUUGGCCUCGGGAACAGGCUCUUAGGAGUCAAAUGAAUUAGUCAUGGUGAGCAAAAUUGCAGGUGAACUUUGACCCGGGUUAAGUGGUGUGAAAACAAGGCUAAGGUGAUCUACAGACCGUGUGACUCUACAUCCGGGAACUUGAAUAAGACGAGUGUAAGAGAAAAGUCCAGAGGUGUUUAUCUGGCAAUAGGCUGAGUUUUUCCGAGUUAAUCGAUGAUUUUUCGCUUAUGUCAAACGUGAGAAGAUUAUGCGUGGUUGUGGAUCGUCUUAUCAGUGCCGCGAAAGUGUGUGAUUGUGUGAUUUCCGCAUGACGUUGAGAGGCAUGUGAUCGGGUGGUUAAACUGCGGUUUGGCCAAAAUAUUCUGUGCCAGCCAUUAAUAUUAUUUCGUCAGUGUUUAGCUUAGCUGAUUGUACCUUGGAAAAGCAACUCUCGGCUCAGGAAAAUUGGAUCUAGGUCUAGUUUCAGCGGGCUCUAACGGCAUUGAACCAUAGGCCGAUUUGUGCAGAUAAGAAAGUGAUAAUUUGUGUACUACGUUUCAUUCAGUUUGUUGUCUAUUCCAUGGGGAAUCCUGUUGUUUAUCGAACCGCUAAAAAGUAGUGUUUUGCUAACUAUUUAAGUUGUUAUGUAAGCCUUAACCAGGCACUCUUUCGCUGCAGUUCACUUAACUUGAAAAUUUCUAGACUGAAACGACACCGGUUUGAAACUUCGCGAAGUCAGUUUACUGAAUAAAUGUUCUAAAAUUUGCGUCAUUUUAAAUUUGGAGUCGUUGGAAUGCUUCUAGGGACCAUUAACUUACUGCCCGGCGUCAGAUAAAGGCUUUUAAUCGGCCUUUGAAUGAGCUUUAUUGUUUUUUCGGUGUUAGCACAAAGGGCACGGAGGCGAUGACGAUUCCGACGAUCGUAGUUACACCAAGACGUACAAGCUCGUCAUCGGACAACUCUGAUUCAUUUUGAGGCUCAAUUCUUUUGGCAGCAAAUUUCGGAAUAAGAGACUCGGGUUUGAGGUCCUUCAGAAUACUCUUCAUGAUGUUUUCUUCCUUCACAAGCUAAUCGAAAUGUGGUGGUUGCCUGCUCCCACCAUUUUGUUAUCUUUGACAACGUGGAAGAGCAGGAAAUGGGGCGCCUCUUAAAACCGGUUUGACUAGUUCCUAGUAACGAGUAAGGCCUGGGUACUAGAGCUUUGUACCGGAAGUGAAGUCAACAAAACAUAAAGACGAAACCACAUCACGUAAUGAACAAACCACGUAAUGAAGAAACCACAAGACAUAAUGAAGUAACAACGAAACAUAAUGAAGUAACUACAAGGCAUAAUGAAGUAACCACAAGACAUAUUGAAGAAACCACACCACAUAAUGAAGAAACCACACACGUAAUGAUAAAUAGGCACAUGAGAAAGUUAUGGCCUUGCAUACUACCCUGCGAACAGAGUCUCCUUCGAUCUUCCUAGAUAAGUCCGGAAGAGGAGGGAGACUCUGCCUACAUCCUCGACUAUUCAUAUUGAGCAUGCUCCAAAUUCGGACCUCUUAGGAAACAGAAGUUGACUUCAAAGAGUUUGUGAUUGGUGGCUUUCGAUCCAUUUUGUGUGUUUCAAGGUUCGUUGCUUGUGAUCGUAAUUAUUACGGCAGCACCUGUAAGCUGGAUUUUAAAUCUCGGAGUUUGCGUCUUAAUAUUGAAAAGGGCAGUAAAAAUCUUGAAUUUUUAAUUCUUUUAUUAUAAAUGUAGGAAAAUCAAGUAGCACUCGAAAAGUAAACCAGACGUGACGAAUGCUUGGUUCCUUCUGUGAGUACCGGAGCACAGAUUACGUAAUACAAUAGUAAUAAAAGACAGGAAACAAAACAACUCCAAAUAAAGACUAAUCCCAAGUGACCAAAAAUACAAAGCUUUCCGGUACCUGCAGAAAGACCCGAAUGCUUGUUGAAUAUUAGUAGCAUCGAUGAUUUAAAUGCAGCUUAGAUUCUUUAGUCUCAUGAUCGUGUUUUAAAAUAAUGUUAUGAAUGAGCAAACACAAAAGAAUAGACAGAGAAAUUAUUUUUUGAAAAUUUUUAUUCAAAAGCCCAUUAGUUUAUCCUUAAAACACUUCGCGUAACACUUGCACAUGGAUAGUGGAUCAGUUCACGCAAUUAAAAUCGGCCGAGGACGUGGUUAAAUCUAAAACAAAAUCCGUCUCAAAUCGGUGUAUUCUCUAAUUUUUCUAAAAAGGACUAGCGCUCCGCUGCAGUUUACUAAACGUUGAAUCGAUAAUUUUCUUAAAAUCACUUCGUGAAAAUCGAAACGGUAGCGAAUUGUUUUGUUAUAGAGCGUGGGCUCAGGGAAAGUCAGCAAUACUCCAGAAGACGCGUGCGUGCACAGAUGAAACUGGAUUAUCCAGUAUGAAACUUGUCUGACUUAUCCAAAUCGCGGGAUGAUCGGUAAAUCAAAGGAAUUUGAAGAUGUCGGCAGAGUCGCUUCCUCUUUCCCGACUUAUCUAGGAAAGAUCGAAGCGACUCUGCUAGCAGGGUACGGCAGGGUGGUACGUUGGUUGGUUUUCGGAGAUAUAUCAACUAACCUCUGCGAUUUGGAUUUCGAGUAGGAGUUUCGAGUUAGGAUUCGAGUUGGAUAUUUUGACCUCAUCCUCUUCUUGUGCCUAAAAAAAUAACUAUUAAAGCAGAAGAUUACUUAAUUCCAUGCACAGUGUAUCUUUUGCACUUGUAUUGUACACAGUAUGCGUUUAAUAGAGGUGAGGACAAUAAGGGCCUGUUUACAUGAAAGGAAGAAGAUCCUAAAAGAGCUCCUGGAAGAUCCAAGAAUGAGGAACAACUUUUCGUUGGUUUUACCGUAUGCAGAAAUUUCCGUCCGUGAUUACUCACUCAACAACGCGCCGCCAUUUUAGUAUGGUUUGACCCUGGUACUAGGAUCUCCUUAGCGAAGGUAGUUCACACGGUGUUUAAAUACAAUCUUUCUAGUUCUUGGAUCUUCCUACCUCUCAGCUAUGAAGAUUCUAGUAAUAGGAAGAUCCUAGCGCUGAGGAACAAGUGCAACUUUUUGCAUGUAAACCUACUACAGAAAACAUAUGGUGCUAGGAUGUUCCACCUCCUGGAAUAUCUGGAAUCUUCCCGAUGCUAGGAUCAACUACCUCCCCUAAUGUAAACAGCCCCUACUCGUUAGCUCUCGUUAGGAGGGCUACGGAACAGAUGCCCGUGACUGCCAGGUAGAGGUUUAAUACCACCGCCGUAGCCAGUAUGAGGCGAACCGAGGCACUCGCCUCGGUAAAAUUUUACCAAAUACUGUCGAUUUUUAUUUUUUUUAUCAGACUGAUAAUAUUAGAAGAUUUCAUACGGCUGAUUUCGUACAACGGACCGUGUGUUCGCCUCGGUUGUAGUUUCUUCCUGGCUACGGCCCUGAAUACAGGUUAAUUUUACAAUAAUUAAGGAAAUGAUUUUAAGAAAAGGAACCACUUUUAAGCCUCGUAUUAAAAUGUCUGAGACCUCUUGAUACAGAUUUGACUGUGAUUCGAAUCCUAACUCCGGAAAAUCAUCUCGAAACUUCAUUCAAAAUCCAAGUCGAAAUCCUAACUUGGCAAAUAGUUAUAGUUUAGCUAGUUUGUUGUUUUCUUUUUUUAAGUGGUAACGAAGUAACAUACUGGUUUCUUUUGUCAGGUGGUGGCAGCAGAGUUUCAGUUACUGUAAUUGUUGGUGGAGCUUCCGGUGGCUGCAUUGGAACCAUAAUCUUUUUCUGCAUUAUAUGCUAUUGUUGUAGUAAAUGAAAUGCAUUGCGUGCAAUAGUGACUCAUUCGGGUGAAUAGCUCCUAAACACAAUGAUCGUUGACCAUAGAUCAAGCAAACUUUAAUUAACAUCUUAACUUUAGAAGAUCUUUUGUAGAUUUUAAUGCGUGAUAAGUAAGGCCCUUGAUAUGACAAUGAAUUUUAUGCUCAUGCAAUAUGACUAAUUUCCAUAACAAAGGUUUUGCACAUAGCCUCGUUUUGAAAGUAGGAACUUUUGGAAUUCGCGAAUGGCUUUUUCGCUCCAAAAACUUGUCCCGCCUUAGAUUAGCCAUUUCUAUUUGCGGGCAUGUCAAACUUGUAACUGUUUCAGAAAAGCAAUAAUUAAUCAGGGUGUGCUUGAAUGUGUGUACGUACUGGAGACGUUUCCUUCAAAAGAUCGUUUUCCUCUGUAGAACUUAAGUCCUCAUCUUUGAAUACAGGAGCUAGUUUAACGGCGGCAACAUAACUGUGUCAUGAUUAUUUAAUUUUUCUUCCCUUGGUAAUUAGCCUUUGCGAACCUUCCUCCAUGACCAUGUCUAGUACGCGGUAUUUUUUGAAUAUUGCGCCUCGGUCC